AUGGCGGGGGGCGUGCCUUUGGGACCAAUCAGAAAGCUCGUUACGGCCCGCUUAGAUUUCCGCAUACUUGGCAACCGAAUGGCGGCUGUGGAGGUGUAG